UAUGAUGAGAUUGUUGUUAUAGUCGAGUACUGUUCAUUCUUUUCAUUCGGUUUUUAUGAAGAUGUAUUGCCAAUAUAAGCCAAGGAGUCAGCAAGAUUGUUUGAACAACAUAAACGAGAUAUACAGCAAAUUGGCUGGGCGCACGUCAAGACUAGAUUGAGAUUGUUUGUCAUUUUCGAUUGUACAAUUAUUGUUACCAUAGUAACAUCAGAAACAUUCUCAUCUUGGAAUCAUUUUAUGACUUGGAGAAGAACAAUCUAAAUGCAAGAGACUCAAGAUGAAGGGACACAGAAUUAUGGCAUUUUCUGUUUUUACGGUGAUGGUUAAUCUCUGGACCCCUACUGAUGCCACUGCCUCAGAAUCUUGCUCGGAAUCUGUUGAAUGUAUUCCUGAUGUGGCCUGUCAACAGAGAACAUGUAACUGUGAUGAAGCGACUCUCAAUAUGAACGCCACCUGCUCAGAAUGUAAUAUGACGUCUCUUAUGAGUGAGCCAUGCUGCUGUGAUUUUAUGCCUUACUGUAUCAUGAAACAACGUGCAGAACCACAGCUUCUUAUUCGCAGUAUUGCGAUUGAUGACGUCAAUGGUUACCAACAAACCAAGGCUGAGGUAUUCUUGCUAAAAGACACCAGAUAUGUUCGAGUUUCUACAGUGAUUCUUGCAGUAGAGGACUGUCAGGCUGUUGGAGGAUUCCAAGCAAUUCAAAUUAUUCAAUCAGAUGAAGCAUGCCAGGAGAAUAUUACCAGUUCACAAUGGCCAACAUACAGCGAUUGGGAACUGGAUGGUACAACUCAUAAUAGUAUCUACCCAGAAGAACUUUCGAUUACAGAUUCUAGUUGCUAUGGUGAUACAACCUGGAGCUGCACCGAUGGGCUUUGUGCUUACACAUCAUCAGAAGAUCCAAUCACCCGAUACAAUCCAUCAGAUCAUUAUGACUGGUGUGGUGACACGUCAUGGCUAGGAUGUGAGAUUUCAUCAUCUUCUAAUCUAACAGAAAGUUAUGCCGCAGAGUUUGGUAAAUUCCGUCUGUUUGAACCCGCUCUAGACGGGGGCUGGGCUCCUGACCUCUACGAUACACAACCCUUCAUUCAGAUACAAUUCGGUGAAUUUCGGACGAUUAUUGGCGUUGUAACUCAAGGAAUGGCUGCUAAUUUCAAUCGCAGGAUUGAUGCAUUUCAUAUUGCCUACAUGAGUGGAGAUGAAGAAUUCUUUAUUAUGAUGGGUGACAAGAGGAAGACUUUUAAUUCAAGCGUCCGGUUCUACAGCGAGACUGUUUCUUUGUUUGAACCAGUCGUAACGACCGUCGUAAAACUACUUGUAACAGAACCUGAAAGCUUGUAUUUGAUUGGUGGAAGAUUCUCCGCCAUUGAAGCAGCGGAUUCUGCUGCGAGGAAUAGUGAUAUUUGGAAGACUCUCCAAUCAGAUUCACCUACCUGGUCUUUUGCCGCCAAUGAACUUCUUUCACCUUCAUCUCCGAACAAGUCUAAUGACUGGGAACUAUCCUCACAGAACGAUUUUCAACCUCUUGACAUCCCUACUCUCAUUGAUGAACGUGUAUUGGAUCUUGGUGAUGAUCUUAACCCAGGAGAGAAUAUUAGUAUUAUUCGUGAUACCUUCGUUCUUGAGAUUCAGCGAUCUACAACUAGAGAACUGUGCAUGAAUGACCUCUCUGUAGGUACAGAAAGAAACAAGUAUUCUUUUCCGAAGAAGUUCUUUUGUAAACAGCACAGUUCCAACUCAGAUGCUGAUCAAAACAUAAUCAUCGGAUUGACGACCUACUCAACCUUGGGCGACAUCUUUAACCAAUUUCAGAUAGGAUCAUCAGAAGACGACGUCGUUGUCUUCGAGGAGGAUGUAAUCGUAGCUGAUAUCAUAUCAGCUGUGGUAUACUUUGACUCUUCGCAAGAAUCUGUGCCUUUUCGAUUCACCUUAAGCUAUACCAAAGAUGAUAUUGAUGAAUACAGAUUUCCGACCUGCAAAUUUUGGGAUGUAGAAACAAAACGAUGGAGUUCUUAUGGUUGUAACAUUGAGAACAGUUCUCUGACUGGUAUCUCAUGUUUCUGUAAUCACACCACUAGUUUCUCAAUCUUGAUGAGCCUAUCCAAAGAACCUCAGAAAUACGACAUUGCCUCUGAUAUCUUGACCUACGCUGGUUUAGGACUUUCUGUGGCAUCUCUUGUUAUCAGUCUCAUCAUAUUCUUUGUUCUCAGACACUCUAUGACCGCUGAUCGCGUGGUUGUACAUGUUAACCUGAUGAUCGCCAUUUUACUUGCUGACGUCACAUUCCUAGCAGGAAUAGACAGAACUAGCAAACCGCCCAUCUGUAAAGCUGUGGCGUUCCUUCUUCAUUUCUUCUAUGAAGCAGUGAUCUGUUGGAUGCUCGUAGAGGGCGUACAUCUCUAUCGUCAGAUUAUCAGAGUGUUUGAGUCGGAGAGACCUCGAACAUGGAUCUACUUUUUAGUCGGGUGGGGAAUACCGGCAGUCAUCGUGGGUAUAGCUGGUGGCCUAAAGCAUGCAAGCUAUGGCGUCGGAAAAGCUUGCUGGUUGUCUACGAUGGAUAACACAAUCUGGUUUUUUAUUGGACCUGCUAUUCCUAUCAUGAUGAUAAAUCUUGUAAUUCUCAUUCUGGUUGUAAAGACGGUCAUCACAGCUUCAAAGAAACAAAAUGAAGUCGGACAAAUAGAUCUGAUAAAGGCUGGAGUCCGUAGUUCUUUUCUUCUUCUCCCUCUGCUUGGCAUUCCAUGGCUCCUUGGUCCAUUUGUUCAUUUCAACUAUGCUUUGACCUACAUAUUUGACUUUCUUAAUACUCUACAGGGAUUCUUCAUAUCUCUAUUUUACUGUUUCCUGAAUUCAGAGGUUCGACGAACAAUCCAAUCGAGCAUGCGCAAAACACGUGACAGUCAGAACGCUUCAUUUACCCAUUCUUCUGACAAUAGUAAGAAGACACAUUCAUCUGUGACGAUUCGUAAGGUCCGUGUAAGCCCAGCCCCACCAAACUGUGACAAAUCUACCGCUGAAAAGUAACAGCGCUCUUUCCAGGCCAAUGUAUGAUUCACCGAGGGUGGAUCCAGCUUUCGCCAGUAAGGGGGGGGGGGGGUAGUCCUAACUAAAGACUGAAGUUUUAGUAUAUCUUGGUUUGAUUCUUACAAUUAUUACAUCUUUGAAAAUUUUGAUAAAUUCAACGUAUCAUACAAAUGUAUCUUGUAAAGUAAAACCUAUCGAAAUGAAAGCUUGAUGCCUUGAAUUGUUGUUGUGGUUUAAUGAAAUAUUAUUCAUGUUGUCAUAGUGACGAAAUAAUAAAGCAUGUUCAUUAUCAUGACAGGUUGAGAAACUGAUAAUAAAAAACAUUUUUUACUUGAUUGUAUAGUCAGAAAUCUGUACCAUGUCGGUUGUUCUAAAUCAAUAGUUUCAAAGUUUGUUCUGGAGAGUAAUUUAAAGAUUCUGAAGAGAGGAAUGAACAAUGAAAUCAAGGAACAACAGCGCGGAUGAUAAAGGAUACUUAAUAUCAGAUUUUUUUUUGCUUGAGUCAUUCACCUUGUUUCUUUUUACAAAAACUUGUUUACUGUUUACUUUAUCAAUCACACUGAUAUGGAAUAUUUCUAGCUCUUUGAACAAUUUCAUCAUUGUAAAGGAAAUUUUAAUGUCUUGAAUAAGUGAUUUGUAUGUUUAGUUUAUUUUACUCCUACUUAUAGUAAAGGAAAUGAUACAAUCCAUGCACCCCUAUAACUGUAUAAUGCAGUUUUACCACUGUUGUCCCUUCCUGCCAAUUGUCUUUCGUGUUUUACUCUUGGAAAUGUGAAUUUAUGGAAAUAAUUGAUUUGUUGAUUAAAUAUUCUCUGUAGCUCAAAUUGACCGCUGUUUCGCAUACAAAGCCAGCCGAAGGGUUGGUAAAGGUUAAAAAAGUGAAUUGUAUAGUACUAUUAUUGUCUUGUG